UCAUGGGGGGAUUGCUGGUCGAGUUUCGCGGGUAAUCCAAAGGUGGGGUAUGGCCUCACCGCACAGAAGUCAGAAGGAUCUGGCGAACCCAACCGUCUGCCGGGAAUCUCUCUACUCUGCCUAGAACUAUCGGCGCUGAGGAUAGCUUCAAUACUGAACGAGCUCUGCUUUGGCCUCGAAACCUCUGAUCUGCAGCAGCCCGGCACACAACAAGUUUUCAAAAUGAGGCUCACUCUAACAUUCCUCGUGAUCCUGGCUAUUUCCGCAAAUGCCAUCGCCAAGUCAGUCAAAAUACGAAAUAAAGAACCGAGUCAGUCAACGACAGAGCACAAAGAUGACCGGGUAAAAGAAGCAAAACAACCUGAAGAAAGCAACCCGCCGUCCACAAGCGCAGAUGAGGACAAGAAAAAUCACGAUGAAGACGAGAAAAAUCACGAUGAAGACGAGAAAAAUCACGAUGAAGACGAGAAAAAACACGAUGAAGACGAGAAAAAUCACGAUGAAGACGAGAAAAAUCACGAUGAAGACGAGAAAAAUCACGAUGAAGACGAGAAAAAUCACGAUGAGGACGAGGAAAAUCACGAUGAGGACGAGAAAAAUCACGAUGAGGACGAUAAAUGCUAUGACGAGGACCGUGUAGAGGAACCGCCGUCAGGUCAGGAUCCUGCAAGCGAGAGUGGCGAGGUCAGUGGUAGAAUUGAAGGCGGCAAGCCAAAUGGAGAUGACAAUAAUUCGUCAAAUGGUGAAGACGUAAACAACGGUAGAAUUGAAGGUGGCAAACAAAAUGCAAAAGAGAAGCGACCGGUAAUGGGGAAGAAACAAGAUGAGGACGAAUACAACGGUAGAAUUGAAGGUGGUGCACAAAAUGCAAAAGAGAAGCGACCGGCAAAGGGGAAGAAACAAGAUGAGGACGAAUACGCAAACCGCGUGGAAGGCGGACCAGGCACCGGACAGACCACUCCACUGAGUGACGAGGAUGAGGAUAAAGCCAGCAAGCCUAAACCAACCAAAAAUCCUAAAGGCCCACAGCCCGGAGAAAUCGAGGAGUGAUAUAAUCAUUUAAAAGCUGCCUUACGAAGAGAAAAACGGGAAAUUAAAUAAAAGUAUAAUUAUCUGAUAAUGAAUAAAAUCAAAUCGAAUAAAAAACAUCUAAUAAAAG